UUGUGAAAGGUGUGCGAAGAUCAAAAGGACGCCCUACCAACUGCGAAGAUUGACCCCCGUUUUUCAUCUCUCUCUCUCUCUCUCUCUCUCUCUCUCUCUCUCUCUCUCUCUGUUUCAACUUCCAGUUCAGUUCAGCUCCAUCAGGUAUUUCUGUUUCGGAGGUCAAGAUCUUUUCCGUUGGUUUCUGUGUUUUGCGUUUUCGUCUGGUCUUUGAUUGCCGAAAGUAAAGCCUUGAAUUUUCUGGAGUUGGAAUAAGCCGGUGCAUUGAUUUUCGGGUUUAAAUCUUGAGAAAAAGUGCACUAUUUAUGGCUCUGGAACAUACUUGUGAAAGGCGGUUUCAACCGAUGACAUUACGUGAUGAAGACUUUCCGCUGGAGAUAACUUGGGAUGACGUAGUUUGUCCGAUUUGCUUGGAUUUUCCGCAUAACGGAGUUCUUCUCCAGUGUUCAUCUUAUGGAAAGGGAUGCCAUCCAUUUGUGUGCGACACAGACCACCUGCACUCUAACUGUUUGGAUCGUUUCAUCAGUGCUUAUGGUACGGAUUCCCCUUCAACUCCCGAUGAAACUGGUUCAAAGGUGUUAGAAGAGAGUUGCAAACCAGCUUGUCCUUUGUGUAGAGGAGAAGUUACCGGGUGGGUUGUAGUGGAUCAGGCUCGUAAUUAUCUGGAUGAGAAAAAACGAUCUUGUGAUGAGGAAGGAUGCAAAUUUAUUGGCACUUUCAUGGAGCUGCGCAAACAUGCUCAGUCGGAGCACCCAGAUUCUCGUCCCUCGGAAAUCGAUCCGGCUCGGAAGCUUGACUGGGAAAAUUUCCAGCAGUCAUCUGAGAUAAUCGACGUGUUGAGCACAAUUCACUCGGAAGUUCCAAGGGGCGUGGUUUUAGGGGACUAUGUGAUUGAAUACGGAGAUGAUGACGAUACGGGCGACGAGUUUGAUGAUGUUCCCAGCGUAGAAGGGAACUGGUGGACAUCUUGUAUCCUAUACCAAGUGUUUGACAAUAUAAGGAAUUCCAGGAACAGGAGGAGAUCAAGAAUGACCGAUGGCCGGAGGGGAAGCCGCCGCUCUAGUUAUGAUAACUCCCAUUCUGAUGACAGUUCAGUAGCCUCGGUAGAGUUCCCUGAGUAUAGAGUAGAUGAGAUCGACGAUGAAUUUAUAAGCAGAAAUAGCUCUAUACACAACAGUUCCAGAAGACGUCGCUCCCGCUUCCAUGGCAAUUAGGCAGACGGGAAACUGGAGUGAAGCAGAGAACCGACAGUGUUCCCAUGUGAAAAAAUGUUGUCGAGUUUUUAGCUCGUUGUUUUCGGUUGGACCCUUCCUUUUAAAGAUUAAUAUAUAUGAAGUGUUAGCUCAUGUUUUUGCACAGUGUGUAUCAGAAGUCUCUUCCUGGUUAAAUCAGCUGACCAUAGUUUUCCUACUA